CUCCGCCCGGCAACAUGUGCAGCGGUGCUGACGGCGGGCCCUGGCCCCCUAAAGACGCGCCCAAUGUGACCGCCGCCGCCCUCGACCACUAUCGACUGCAGCUGUACAACUACGCCGUGGUGGAGCGGCUGCGGCUGUACCCUCCGGCGCCGUGCUACGCGCCCUACGCACCGCGCCUCGCGCUUUCCAUGUCCCUGCUGCAGCAGCGCGCGCUACAGCCUGAAGAGCCAAAGCCCCAGCAUAGCUACAUCGGCCUCAUCGCUAUGGCCAUACUUAGCUCUCCGGAACGCAAGCUCGUUCUCUCUGACAUCUAUCAGCACAUCCUGGACAACUACCCCUACUUCCGCUCGAGAGGGCCUGGCUGGCGAAACUCUAUCAGGCACAACUUAUCCUUAAACGAUUGCUUCGUGAAAGCAGGAAGAUCAGCAAACGGAAAAGGACAUUACUGGGCGAUUCACCCAGCGAAUAUUGAAGACUUUCGAAAAGGUGACUUCCGGCGACGUAAAGCGCAGAGAAAAGUAAGAAAACACAUGGGACUGGCGGUCGAUGAUGACGGCGAAGACUCACCGUCGCCGCCACCGCAGUCGCCGCCGCCGACGACUCUGCCUCUUCCGUUCUGGGGUGGUGGGCGGCUGCCUGGGGGUGGAGUGGCUCGGAAGCGGCAGUUCGACGUCGCCUCGCUUCUUGCGCCGGACGAGGCUCCGGAGAAGCGUAGGCGGGACAGCAGCGGCGAGGAGGAAGUGGAGGAAGACAUCGACGUUGUGGCGAGCGACCAGGAAGAGAGAGUGGAAGAGGAGUCCCGGGCGCCGCUUGCGCCGGCCGCGCAUUACCCUCUGCUGGGCGCCUGGUGGCCAGCCCUGGACCCCGCACUGCUGCAGCAGUUACGCCGGCACGCCGCACCCCAUACACAGGCGGUUCCAAUGCCACAGAGCUCGAUAAGCCCCGUAGACCAGCACAGGCCGCCUGAUACUUAAACUGUGAUGGUGAAAUUACGUGACAGCGUUGUAUAUUAUGUGAAUAUUCAGUAUUAUCUCCCCGGUGACACUGAUUAGUGUUAACCCGCCGUUUAGUCCUAUCUACGUGUAGUAUUUUUCAAUCAGCGCGCGUUGAAGUCUUUUGCAAGUGAAAUAUAAUAUUAAACACCCUGUGUUCUUGUGAAAGUUUCCCUCCUUGCAAUGACUAUUUAAAUUGAUGUAUGUAUGUACUUUAUACAUUUCUAUGAGUGUACUUAAGCUGGUGAUCGAUGUCUACUUAAUUGGACUUAUUAAGCAAGGAAGUCUGAGAACGACCAAGUGACUGUAGAUAUAUUCCUAGUGCUACUUGUAUAUAUCGUGAAAGGUGUCUACUUAUCGUUGUUAUAAUACUUAACCGUAUGUUGUUUAUUUACUAGAGGAGCAUUGAAUUAAAUAUUAUAAUACAACAACUCUA